ACCAAAACGGCUAUAUAUAAAAUGACAAUUGCUCAUCGGCCAAAACCCUGCUAAAACCCUAACUAAACUCUUUCUCUCCUUCCAGUCUCUUCCAUUCUCAAUUCAUCCAGAAGAAUGGCACUCAACAACGCGAUUAGAAGAACUACUUCAAGAAUUGUACAUUUGGCCUUCCGGGCUUCCGCCGUAAGAGAAGGGUACCUCCUCCGCCACCACCAUAGCUCAGCCCUCUUCGCCACCGUCAACAGCCGCGUGGCGGACCUCUCACGAAAUCUCCUUCAGAGGUCAAUUCCGUCGUUAUUCCACCAGUACUCAACCAAUCCCAGUUCCGAUGAGUCGCUCCUCCGCGUCAUAGAGUCCGAGAUUCAGUGCGCCGUCGAGUCUCAGGAAGAGGAUCAGGCUGAGGAAGUUCCACAGGGAUUCCCCUUUAAAAUUGAAGACCAUCCUGGACAGCAGACUAUAACACUAACCAGAGAAUAUCAAGGUGAAACCAUAAGUGUUGAAGUUCACAUGCCUGAUCUUGUUACUGGUGAGGAGAACGACGAUGAUGAUGAGGAAGGAGAGGAAAGGGGCAACCAAUCUAGUAUUCCACUGGUGGUUAGAAUCUCCAAGAAGAGUGGUCCUUGUCUGGAGUUUGGUUGUACUGCAUACCCUGAUGAGAUAGCGAUUGACAGCUUAUCCGUGAAGGAUCCUGAAAAUUCUGAGGAUCAGAUAGCAUAUGAAGGGCCUGACUUUGCGGAUUUAGACGAGAAUUUGCAGAAGGCUUUCCAUAAGUAUCUGGAGCUUAGAGGAAUCAAACCCAGCACUACCAAUUUCUUACACGGGUACAUGGUCGACAAGGACAGCAGAGAAUACAUUAGUUGGCUGAAGAACCUCCAGAAGUUUAUUCAGGCGUAAGGUGCAGCGGAGAUGGGAAAAAAUUUGGUGGGAUUUUUCAUAAAACGAGUUUUAUUGUAUUACAUAAACAUGCAACUGAUAUUCUGCUACUUCAGGUCUAUGUAGUAAUUCUGGAAAAAUUCAAUUAUACAAACUUUGAUGAGGUAGAAAGUGGUUCUUUUCAUGAAUUCUGUUUGUAAUGUUAAUUGAGUGGUGGAUUGAAACGAUGAUGCAGCGAUGGUUAGUGCAUUAACUAUA